GUGUUGUAAACAGUGAGAUCUCCAUUUUGUGUGUUUUUUCCUAGAGGUUAGCGCUUACUUUCAUUUUUGGCUGGUGAACGACACAGCUAAUUCCGUGAUUUUCGGGUGCACUUUUAUACCUAACACAUUGGAUUGGAUGAUCCGAUUAAUGACUUGCUUAUUCGUGUCCUGCUACGAUUCGCAAGGAGAACGCAAUCAGAUGUUUUCGUGUUUCUGGCCCAUUUGCGAGCAAAAUAACACCAAAACAAGAACAACAAUGUCAGACGAUGCAUGGAGUCACAUCCAGCUACCAAACGCCUGAGGGGAUUGUAAGAUGGGUCAAGGAGGAGUGAAGAGCAGGAGUAACAAAAACAACAGCAGAGUUAGGCGCCGUGUGAUAGAAAACCCCUCAGAGGGAACCCUUCUCAACUACGCUCCCAACAUGUCCGUUGCCUUGGAAACCACCAUCGCGCCUUGUUCCUUCGAUCCAGCCAACUGAUGCAACCAGGUGACGUGCCCAGCGGAACCAGUAACAGACCUCACCUCAGCCACCGCUCCGUGGGCCUCUACCUGGAAUACCCAGAGCCUCCCGCCACAAAGGUUUGUACAAAGGACCAGAGAGCCCAGACCCAGCAGACCUACAUGUUCCUGAGAAUCUGACUCUUCAUCCUCGGGGAGACCUACUCCUGCCUGGAAAACAGCUGACUUCCACCGCUCCACACACAGCAUGGACUCCCUAAUCGGGGACUCAGACCCCAACCUGUUCCCCAUGUCCAUGAGGACAGAGACAGCCUUCUCGCGGGACCAGAACCCUAUGGAUAUGGACCAGGAAGGGUACAUUGGAAAAGACCAGAAACUGUUCAGCGACAACACUCUGGAUCUCCUCCAGGACUUUGAGUUGACAGGCUCCCCCUCAGACUUUUACGUAGGGGACGACGCCUUCCUCUCCUCCCUGGCUGAUGACACUCUCCUGGGGGAUGAGAGCCAGGAUCGUGGGGUCUCCAACUCCACCUCCAAGCCAGCUGCUACUAUGACCAAUAGUGGUAGUUUUAGCGGUUCCAACACCACCACAUUGAAUGGUAGCAGUCUACUAGCAUGUCAGGAUGAGUCCAACUCCAGCACCUCUAUGACAACCACCGCCACUUUCCCCAUGGUGAAGAUGGAGAAGGAAUCUGGCUUCAUCCAGCUGUGUACUCCAGGGGUGAUCAAACAGGAGAACACGUCUGCCAUGCGUAGCUCCUCCUGCCAGAUGAGUGGUAGUACCGGCGGCUCCACUUCCUCUUCUCCCUCCGAGCUGUCCAGCUCCAGCCCCAGCCCCAUCUCCAUCUGUGGGGUGAGCACCUCUGGAGGACAGAGCUACCACUUUGGAGGCAACAGCAGCAUUAACACCACCUUGGCUUCCACUACCAGUGGAGCUUCUCAGCAGAAGGAUCAGAAGCCCUCGGUGUUCAGCCUGUAUCCUCCGCUGGUGACAGUAGGAGAGGCCUGGAACAACAUUAGCUAUGGGGAUGGAGCUUCAGGAAUGCAAGGCCUCUCCAGCCCUACCUCCGCUUUCUCCAGCAGCUAUGCCAGUUCUACCUCCAAGCUUGGUGGUGGCGCUGCGUCAUGUACAACCCAGGGCAAGGCCGGGACCACCCAUAAGGUCUGUCUGGUGUGUUCAGAUGAGGCGUCUGGCUGUCACUACGGGGUGCUCACCUGCGGAAGCUGCAAGGUGUUCUUCAAGAGAGCCGUGGAAGGGCAACACAACUACCUGUGUGCUGGGAGGAACGACUGCAUCAUCGAUAAGAUCAGAAGGAAGAACUGUCCAGCCUGCCGCUUCCGCAAGUGUCUCCUGGCAGGGAUGAACCUGGAAGCUCGUAAAACCAAGAAGCUGAACCGUUUAAAGGGGGUGCAGCAGCCCACCACUGCCGAGCUGACCCCCCGUCCACUCCCAGAGGCCAGGUCGCUGGUCCCCAAGUCCAUGCCCCAGCUCACCCCCACCAUGCUGUCCCUACUAAAGGCCAUCGAGCCAGACACCAUCUACUCUGGCUACGACGGCACCCUGCCAGACACCUCCACCCGCAUCAUGACCACCCUCAACAGGCUGGGGGGACGACAGGUGGUAUCAGCCGUCAAGUGGGCCAAGGCCCUACCAGGGUUCCGGAACCUUCACCUGGACGACCAGAUGACUCUGCUGCAGUGUUCCUGGUUGUUCCUCAUGUCCUUCGGCCUGGGCUGGAGGUCCUACCAACAGUGUGACGGGAAUAUGCUCUGCUUCGCUCCAGACCUCGUCAUCAACCAAGACCGUAUGAAGCUGCCCUACAUGGCAGACCAGUGUGAACAGAUGUUGAAGAUCUCCAGUGAGUUUGUCAGACUGCAGGUGUCUCAUGACGAGUAUCUGUGUAUGAAGGUUCUGCUGCUGCUCAGCACCGUGCCAAAAGAUGGUCUGAAGAGUCAGGCAGUGUUUGAUGAGAUCAGGAUGUCCUACAUCAAGGAGUUGGGGAAGGCCAUCGUCAAGAGAGAGGAAAACUCCAGCCAGAACUGGCAACGCUUCUACCAGCUCACCAAGCUUCUUGACUCCAUGCACGAGAUGGUUGGUGGGCUGCUGGAUUUCUGCUUCUACACGUUCGUCAACAAGUCACUGUCGGUGGAGUUUCCAGAAAUGUUAGCAGAGAUCAUCAGCAACCAGUUACCAAAAUUCAAAGCCGGGAGCGUCAAGCCCCUCCUCUUCCACCAGAAAUGACUGUGUGGUGCUACCGCCACUGGCCGUGUCCACCACCGAGACACAAUGCCUUAAAAUCCCCUCACCUUCCCCUGACAGAGGGAGACAGGGAAGAAGAGAGGCUGUUUUGGGAGAAAUUAUACAAUGUACAGGGGUUUGCUGAUUUUGGGGGAUGAAACGAGCGCCAUCGAGGAGGAAGGAGAGAUUUGUCAAGAGGCAGAAGACGAGACGGAGAGAGCAGAGGAUUUUUGUUUUGUUUAACAUCAAUGGUCUCUGAUCCAGUUAAUAGAAUACAUGUUUUCAUAAGUUGAAGUAUAAUCAAGGCUUGAACUAAACUAACCCUUUGUGUUUUCUCAGGUGUAUGACCCGCAGAACUUAACAAUAUCUAGAUGAAAUAAGUAUCUAUAUACAGAUUAUUAAGAUGAUGAUGAUGAUGUCUUACGUUUCUGCUGCCACAGUAUAUACAGUUUAUUAUACAGCUCAUUUUCUUACCUCGGCAAAGGUAACACUAUAACUAUCUUGUAAUGUUAGUCAACAGGUUAACCCACUGUGUAGUCCUCUACCUGUUGCUGUUUUUAGGACGUUGUUGUAACAGAGUUCAUUAUUCAAAAUCACAUGACGUUUUGUGUUCUUCGUCACUGUCAUUUCCCUAACGCAUGUUGCAUUCAGUCAGGCUUAACGUGAUGAAAUUGUUUUAUAUAAUGAAAGCAUACAGUACACAGUUCACAGAGCUAUAUUUGUGUAGGUUUACACACACACACCGUCGAUCAGAAAAAGGGAGAGGGGGGGGGGAAAAAGUGCCUUUUUUUUUUAGCUUAAAGUCUGGUUUUAGCCGUUCUCUCUCUGACUGUCCGAGGAUGUUCUUCUUUCACCAUCACGGCUGACCCUCAGUGUAUGGGAUUGUUUUGUUUCUAUUACAUGCCGUUGCAGUCAGUUUUCCUUUUUAAAAUGGCUGCCGUGUUAGUCUGCUGCUAUUGUAGCUCCGUUAUGGCUCCUCGGUGUGAACUAUAACAAUAAGAUCAGUAGAUUUAAAUAAUACUCCCAAUCUGCAUUCAGUAUUCACCUGAUCUCCCCCCCCCCCCCCCCCCCCCCCCCCUACCAUUAUGAGAGAAUGUGAAAGUACAUAGUAAAGAACAUGGCUUUAACUCUAUUGGAUGUUUGUAAAAGGAAGCUAUUAAUUGUCACCUUUUUGAGCUUAUUUUUGUCAGCAAAAGUACUUUUUGUCCAUCGAUGAACUAAUACCUUCUUCCUGUUGCUGUUGUUUUAACUGUUGUUUUGCUAGUUGUUGUUUUUUUGCCCAUUUGACAUUAUUAGAAUGUGUCGGAGAGAGCGAUGCGUCAGCCAAUCAAAAAUGGAGAGUGCAGAUUCCACCACAACAGUGUUGACCCUCAAUACUCUACAAGCUGGUUUCUGUAUGAACACACUGGUGUUUGAAUGGAUAGUAGAGUGGUGUGUGUGUGAAUGAAACAUGGGUAACUUGUCAUUAUUCUUCCUUAUAGCGCCUACAUUCUGGCAACAGUGACAUAUCACUGACAUAUCACUGACAUAUCACUGACAUAUUAGACAAUUUUAUGAGAUGAAAACCAGCAAUGCACGGGGGGGUUCUGGAGAGGUGGACACUGAUGGACCCUUCUCUAGGACAACCUCCCAUUGCUGCUCACACAACAACCCCUUACCCACCCAGGCAUCUUGCUUACAACAUCUCAGCUCUUAUUGUUUCUCUCUCGCACUCUGUGUGUGUGUGUGUGUACUUGCGUGCACGCGUGCGUGUGCGUGACACAAAGGUUUUCCAGUAAAGCACUUAGUACUAACUUCGUUCUCUGUCAUCUCGUUUCUCACUCAAACUGUGAGCACGUCACAAAUUACUCCCUGUCCCCUUUGAAGUGUGUGACUUUUGACCAGGGCAAGGCUCUGGUCCAAAGUAGUGCACGAAAUAGGGAAUAGGGUGCUAUUUCAGACCGUAGUCUGUAGCUUAGUGGAUGAGGAGGGGAAGAGACAUAAACCAGGAGAUAUUUUGACCCGGCAACAGAGGACUGGGGUUUCCCACCCCUGUUCUAAGGGGAAAUGGUUUUCUUCUAAAAAAAAAAUUUAAAAACAUGUUUUCAUUGUAAUGUAAUUGGGGUUGUCACAUUCCGUACAUUUGAGGGGAAUUUGUGAGAAUUGUUAACCCGAGACCUGAAGCCAUUGAGAAGGUGGGAUGUGUUCUAACUUACCUAACCUGCGUUUAAAAAAAAUGCCAUGCUAGUUGUUUGUUUGUUGUUAUUGGGUCUAUUUACAUGUUGGAAAACUGACUUAUUUUCAGAUUUUUCAUACACGAUGCCAACAUCUAAUAAGAAGCUAUACGUUAGUGAUUCUUAAGAACAACUAUACCAUACUCAGGUUGUUGUCAUUGGUUAAAAGUGUAUGUGGUCAUCUAUGUUCACUGAUGAAACUGUUUAAAACCAAAAACUUUUCAGUUUUGAUUCCCGGAGUGUGUUUUUCUGACAAUGAAUUAACAGUCAGGUUAAAUAAAAGUUCUCCUGGCCGUUCAGGUACGUUAGUUUCAUGCAUACUGGACAUGCCAAAAUCAUUAGAUUUUUCACACUACUUGAUUAACCAUCGUUAACUUCCCAAUCUAUCCUAAAGGAAAACAUUUAAUUUUCUUUCAAUGGUGAUACAAAAGUAGUUCGAUAAAAUUAGAAAAAUGAAUUCUCCCCAUUUUUUAAACUGCUUGUGGAUUUCCUACGGGUUACUUUCACAUUCAGUGUGGCUGUAAAUCAUUCUCUGCUGUUGCCUUUCAUAUAACCGGUAUGAAACCACAAAACUACUCACCUCCCCUUAUCCAAAAAAUGUAUUGGUCUCUGUGGAAUUGUAUUGUGCAGUACUUUUUUCUCUUUUGUUACAAGAAAAUCUGAAAAUAUGCAAUAGAAAUGACAAAUACCUGAGUUACAUGUGUUGCUCUAAACAGAGAUUAUAGACAUGUACUGUCAUUUUCUUUUCUUUCUUUUCCAAUAUAAGCUAUUUUAGACAGAAAAUGAUCACUUUAGUGAAUGACCUCUGCAGGACAGAUUUUCAGGAAAACUUUCAAGUGUCAAUAUAUACCAUUUUUGAUUUAGACAAGAGUUCCAGUAUAUUAGAUUGUCUAACAGGUGGCCAAAGCUAAUCCAGACUCAAAGUUUCCCUGUAGUUUCAGUAGCUCUUGGAACGACAGACGUACAGGACUGUCCUAUAACACAUUUUAUAUGUAUUUUUUUUGUGUACUAAUAUUAUGAAUAUAGUAGUCAGUCAACAAAAAAAAACUUCACACAAACUGUUUGUGAAAGUAAUCAACCAGCUUUGAACCUGACAAUUUGCACUACCCCAAAUAUUAUUUUGGAAAUUCUAUUUUGUAUAAAAACAGACGUUCACUUUUGAAACGUAUUAUCAAGGGCAGAAUGAUGAUGAUGAUGAUGAUGAUGAUGAUGAUCUGGUAUAUGCUUUCCUUUGAAGAUGACUUGUUUAGCUUAUAGACUAUUUCAAUUAUGUACAUAUAACCCAAUGUAAAGAAAAACAAUGUGUUGUAUUACUUCCACAAAUAAUAAUAAUUUUCUAUAUCUGUAUUAUUGCUCAUCUGUAGUAGGUCAUGUUGAUGCUUUUCCUUCCAUUAAAUGUUGAACUACG